GCAGCCGGGCGGUCGUUCGAACGAGAUCAACGGUUUAGCAUGCGUUGAGACUCGCGGUGUCGUGAUCCUCGUAUCUCGCGGUGUCCACGUGGCGAGAACCGAGGCGAGGUGUUUCCUCGCGACACCGUAACAACAUUUCGAGGGAACGCUACGAUAUAUCGAGAGGGAGGUGGUCGACGACAACGGAUAGACGCGUGCUCUUUGGACGGCCGAUGGAUCACGGAGCGAUGGAUAGCGCUUCCGAUCACAGCAGUCGCGCCAGUCCCGUAACCGGCAGCCCGAAACAUCCGCACAGUCCGUCGGCCCAACAAGCUCAGCAACAACAGCUCCACGGCUCUCAGCAUCAACCGCCGGCGUCUCAUCAGCAACCUCAUCCGCGGGACCAGCUCCGCGAUCAACAAUCGCAGCAGCAACAGCAUCGCGGCGUUCCCACGCCGGGAUCGCCGACCAGAGGUUCGCCGCCUCAAGGACUUCCGUUAAGCCCGCCACCCAUUUCCGCCGGAGGAGCGCCCAGUGCACCGUCAGGUAUGGUGCCCCGUAUGCCGGGAUUACCACCACCGGGACUCGGACUACUCGGUCAACUCGGUGGCAUGCUGAGCGGUCACCAUGGCUCGCCGCUCGAGCUGAUGGCGGCCCAUCACGCGGUUCUACCCCCGAGGUCCUACAAUAGCCCGCCACCGAUCAGCACCAGCGAUCCUACCGCGAACGAGUGCAAACUGGUCGACUAUCGCGGUCAAAAAGUGGCCGCGUUCAUCAUCGCCGGGGACACGAUGCUCUGUCUGCCGCAGGCAUUCGAGUUGUUUCUCAAACACCUCGUCGGUGGCCUGCACACCGUCUACACGAAACUGAAAAGGCUCGAUAUAGUGCCGUUGGUGUGCAACGUCGAACAGGUUAGGAUUCUACGCGGACUCGGAGCCAUCCAGCCAGGAGUCAAUCGAUGCAAGCUGCUCAGUUGCAAGGACUUCGAUAUACUCUACAGGGACUGCACAACGGCCAGCUCCAGGCCAGGAAGACCACCGAAGAGAGCGUCCGUUGGUCUGAGUCUCGCAGCCAGCCACCUGGCAGCGGCGACCGGUCACCACCCUCAGCACUCGUUGAAGAAGCACAGAAUGGACAACGGGGAUUACUACGAGAACGGGCAUCUCGACGUGCCGAGGAUGGAAAAGUCGCCGCUGCUCGCGAACGGCUACAAUCACCCGCCCACGCAUCUCAGCCACAUGCAAUUCAUGCAAUUGGGUGGACAUCCAGGUGCAGGACACACAGCCAUCCUGUCGCCGGCCAGUCUGCCGCAUCACCUGCAGGCGCAGGCUCAGGCGCGAGCCGAGCAGGGCAUGAAAGCGAAUCCGAACAUGUCGACCCUGGAGGCUUUCGCGAGGUCCGGGCCGAUGUGGGAAAACUGCCGAGCUGCCUACGAAGAUAUUGUCAAACAUCUCGACAGGCUCCGCGAGGACAGAGCGGACGCCGAGAGAGCACUCGCAUUGGACCAAAAACCCAGGGAUCUGAGCUCGCACAAUGGUUCGUCGAACGGUCACAGUCCCGUGCUGAACCUGUCAAAGACAGCGGGAAGCGGAAGCGUGGGCGAGCACUCCGGAAGCGAAGCCGAGGCGUCGCAUCGUUCGCAGGACGACGAGGAGGAGGACGAUAAUCUGUCCGAGGAACUGGACGACGACAACGAGAAGGACGAAGAUUUGUCGGACGUGCCGGAGAACCUGCCGUUGCCUGCGCCGGGAUCCGAGAGUCCUCAGGCGUUGAACUACUCGCAGAUAGCCUCAGCGGCGGUGGCCGUUUCUCAGGGAGGCCAGGAUCCCUCGGUCUCGAGUACGGAGACCCUGCUCAGGAAUAUCCAGGGCUUGCUCAAGGUCGCGGCCGACAACGCGAGGCAACAGGAGAGGCAAAUCAACUACGAGAAAGCCGAACUGAAGAUGGAUGUUCUUCGAGAAAGAGAAGUAAAGGACAGCCUCGAACGUCAGCUUCAGGAUGAGCAGAAGGUUCGAGUGAUGUACCAGAAACGCUUAAAGAAGGAACGAAGGGCAAGGAAGCGCUUGCAGGAGCAACUGGACCUGGAGAUCAAGAGGCGCACGCAGCUCGAGGAGGCGUUGAAGGCAACGGGGGCAUCCUCCGAGCAAGUCAGAGCGAUUACCGAAAACGUGACGGCGGAGGCGCGUACGAGUUCGGAGCCACCGGAAGCCAGUCCGGUGCACUCGCAGUCGCAACAACAAUCCUCGCAGCAGCCGUCGUCUCAGCAACCCCUUCAGCAGCAACAGCAGGCCCAACAGUACAGAGAGGCCCAAGUGCAGCGUCCUUCCCAACAACCUUCCACGCCUGAGAAACCAGCAUGGGGAUACGGCUUGGAUCUCAUCGGCAGCCAAGCGUCCGCCUUCUGGCAGAACUAUCAAGAGUCGCUGGUGCAAGAACUCGAACUGGAGAGAAAAUCACGGCAGCAUCAAGCGGCCGAGAGGGACCAAGUCAAGUCGCCUCUUCAAGAAAACGGAGGUGGAAGAAUGCAGGGAAGAGGAUGGGAGCGGAGGAGCGUAACCGAAGAAACGGAGUAAAUCGAAUCCGCUGGACUAUUAAAAACGCGUAGUGAUUUUCAAUCAUAAGCGACAGUUCGAUAAAAAGUGGCGAGUGGCGGCUCGAUCACAAAGGGCCCCUAAGGGCCGAUGAGUCGACCGGUCUCUCGUAUUUACGAACGCGCCCGAUACGAGCCCAUCCUCGCUCUCUCUUUCUCCAUCCCGAAUGUCUUCGCUAGCUCUCGUCCCUUUCGCGUUCAUCUACGUCUCGAGAGGCAAGGAUAAUUAGUGAGCGGCGCCGCUUCCAAGCGAACGAUCAUCGAAUCAUUCGCCUGGUCUUCUCUUUUCUUCUUCUUCUUCGUCUUCUUCUUCUACCGCUUCUUCGUCUUCUCCUGCAGCUCGUUCUUCUUCUUCUGCACCUUCUUCUCGAAUCACCGUCGCCGUCCAGAUCGCGUUUUCGAUUUCGACGUCGAUCGAGCAACGGGCAAAAAGAGAAACGCGCGUUACCGAACGGACUAAGAUCCACCAGGACCACGGACAACCGCUCUUGACCCGCUUCUGUUUCAGAAUCCCGAGCGGGUUACUACAAGAACUCGGUUCUCUUUACGAGCGCGACCUAGAAGAGGCUGGACGAUGCUAGAAGAGGAGCUGACCGCUUAACGAGCCAAAACGAGUGACGAUCGAUCGAGGAAGAGGAAAGAAACGAACGCGAGCGAACGGAGAGCGAACGCUCGUCGUAAUCUUGUGCGAGUGAAACGAACGAUCGAACGUAGUUUUCGUACAACGUGCGCGACGAGACGGAAAUGAUCCGCGAACGUUCCUCGACGGGGACCGAUUUUCUCGGUAGAGUGUCGCUUUCGACCCGCGCCACGGUCGAAUCGAUGGAAACACACAUAUCAGCGAGAUGGACGUUCGAAAUGGGAACGUCGUCGGCGAAUGAGCGCGUUCGUGCCCGGUGAAUCCCUUUAUAUACGCGCGACGCGUACCACGUGUCCGAGGAUGCACCGAUUAGAGCCGGAAACUGUCGAAACCGCGCGACUCGCUCGUUUCGAAAAACGGGCGGGAAGUUUAGCUCGAGAAGGCCAGGUAACCGCGAAACGAGGGAUUAAAUAACUUUCAAAGACUGCAAAGAGAGUGCGUGCGCUCGUGCAUGCGUUCCUAGAGGUAUCUAUCUCCUAAUUAUCGAACGACUCUCGAAUUAAUUAAUCGUGUUAAGCUGGCCGCGAGACGAUCGGUCGCGCCUCGUCACCCCGGUUUCUCGAGUAUUAUUAUCAUUAUUAUUAAUAUUAUUUCGCCGAGGCAGCGCGCCGCGCGACCAGAUCGUUCGCGGGCAAAACGCGAGUCGCGAUCGACCGAAUUUGCGUUCGAAUCGUGCUUUAAUCUCUCGAUUUUCUGUAUUAUACGAAAGGGCUGAGGAAGAGGGACGACGAAAAAUGUGCGAGAAGACGGAGCUUUUGAAAACGUAAACGUGAACGAAGGGUAUUCGAACCUGAUCACGUGUCGAGUAGAAAAAAAAAAUAAAAGAUGAACGAAAGCGAGAAGAAGAGAGCGUGAGAGAGAGUGUGUGAGAGAGAGAGAGAGAGAAACAGCAGAGGAUUCUCCGAUGCGUUUUAAACCGUAACAACCUUAUUUAUAUAUAAAUAAACUUAGUUACUACCGUCGACAAGUAAGGCUAAUGCGUAUUGCGUGUGUCCCGCGUUUGCGUUGAUCGAUCGAACUCGGCGAAAUGUGUUUCACGAUCGAAACGAGGCGUACGCGAACCUCGUAGAAGAUGCGCGCUAAAUAUUAUCGACGACAGACAUUUUACCGAGGUCGAUCGUCGUAUUUAAGAUCCAUGUACAAAGUCUUUUGCCCGUAAGGUUCUUGUGUUGUAAAGUUCACAUAAUCAUAGUGUCUAGAUCGUACGUACCGGCUAAUGCCCGUUAAGACGAUGCUACACGUAGUGAAACGAAGAAUUUAACCACCGAUAGCUCAUCUGUAUUUGCCAUCGCCACACAUUACCAAUCGAACGGGGUCAAUACUCGUCUAAUCGAGAAUCGUCGACGACGCGAGGUCUUUGAACGCGAAGGAUCAAGGAACGGUUCGACGAUUCUUGCUUCGACGAGCCGGGUAAAACUCGCGUGAACGCGAUUCGAGAAAAUGCAGGAUAA